AUGGGUUUGAGUUCAACAUGACUGAAUAUUACCAACUGCCUCCACUGUACGUUUAUCACGACUUUGACAAAUGCAUGGCUUUGUCGCCCCCUUCGGACGAUGCGAAAUAUUGCAUUGUCGAGACAGUCAUUCAACCGAAUCUGUCGUCUUCGGUGUGGAAUUUGAUCGUCAAGUACAACGACACAAAGCGACACUUUCGGCAUGAUAAAAUUCAGCACGGAUUAUGUCGUGAUACGUGCACGAAAUUAUUGGAGCAGUACGCAAGGUGGUAUCAAGAAGAUAAUUUGUACUUGAAUGACUUUCGGGAUGGGAGUGCUCACAUAAUCGACGCAGACACCUUCAACAAUGGCUUGCAUGAUCGCUUCGACAACGAUCGAUGGGUUAAUUACUGCACGAAUGAAAUGCUGCGACAAAAAUAUGACGGCUUAAAAGGCAGAUCAAGUGUCGUUUAUUGCAUCAGAGACGAUGAAAAAUGGAAAAUCGACAUUUGGGAUUAUUUAUUCUAUUCAAUUCUCAUUUUAAUCACAAUUUUAACUAUUUUUGGUUCAUUUUACGACAUUUAUCGUUCACGAGAUCACCCAGAAUCGCAAUUUUUAGUCGCAUUUUCCAUCGGUCGCAACAUCCGUCGCUUAGUGAAAAGUGAGCCACCGAUCCGAGGCAGCUUGGAAGAUGACUUGCAAUUUCUUUAUGCAAUCCGAUUUCUUACGAUGUUUUGUGUGGUUGGAGGGCACGUUCUUUUAUUCAAUGAAAUUUUUCCGAUAUCGAACUCGGAGUACAUUGAGAAAUAUCAUGAGAUAUUGACGAUGAUGUUAGCGAACGGAUUCAAAGUGAUCGAAACUUAUUUGAUCAUCAGUGGACUUUUGAUGUCGUUGAAUUAUUUUAAGUUCAUUAAAGAUUCGCCUUUUGGAUUAAAACAUUUUUUACAAGCCAUCGUUUAUCGAUAUUUGAGGCUCAUUCCAAUGGUAAUUUUUAUCAUUUUUCUCAACGCUACUGUAUUAAUUCAUCUCCAAAACGGUCCCUUGUGGAAAAUGAUUGGUGAAACCGAGCGAUCUUUUUGUCGUAACAAUUGGUGGUCGAACGUUCUUUUCAUCAAUAACUACAUUCACGUGCAAGAUCCGUGCAUUCAGCAAUCCUGGUUCUUAGCUACUGACUUUCAACUGACGAUUUUCGGGAUGUUUCUUAUGAUUUUAACGACAAAAUACCAAAAAUAUGUGAAACAAAUUUUUGGAGUGGCGAUUUUUGCUUCUUUCGUUAUUCCAGCUGUCGUUGUUUAUCGAAAUGGGUUCGAAGGAAUAAUGAUGGUGACACCAGAAGAGAUGAAAUACGUGAUGAUCUACGACAAAACCUACCAAAAAUUUUAUUUGCCGUCUCACAUGAACAUCGGUCCGUAUCUCUAUGGCAUGAUAACGGGCGUUUUGUUGCACAAUAUUAGACUUUUUAAGGUGAAAAUCACACAAAGUAGACUUCUAACCGGGAUUUGGUAUCUAGUUGUUCCAAUCGCGGUCGGUACUCUUCUAUCUGGCUUUAUUUUUUAUGAAAAUAAUUUUGAAAAGCCUUCGUUGUGGAUCGCAAUUUACGCUUCAGUGUCGAAAAACUCUUGGGGACUUCUUGGAAUAAUUUUCAUCUUGGGACUGGUCAGUGGAGCCAGUAAACUUGUGAAAAAUUUCCUCGAUCAUCCAGUUUUCAAGCCAUUGGGAAAAAUCACGUUCAGCGUGUUUUUGUGCCACACAUUUAUUAUUCGAGUUACUUUGGGAGACAUUCGUGCGGGACGACAUUUGAGCGAUAUGCAUUUGCUUGGCAACGUUUGCUCAACAUUUUUCUUAUCUUACCUGCUCGGAUUUUUAUUGCACGUCCUAAUCGAAGCCCCAUUUUUGGUAAUACUAAAGAGCUUUUUCAAAGUUGAGAAGAAAAGUGAACAAAAACUUAAAAAUCCUUCCAUUGAACUUUUUAAUUCUUAA